AUGUUCCUCCGCUCGCUAUUGACAAAGUCGCUCACAUUGCGCACAUUGCAGCCCAUGCGCGUGCAGUCGGGCAUGCGCUGGUUCUCGCAGACACUUCCGGCACGCUCGAUCCCGGGCUUUGACGCCAACAACCCGACGCUGCGCAAGAUCCAGCAGAACCCGCGGGUGAUGGCGGCAAUGGUCGAGGCGAUGCAGCUUCUGCAGCAGCGCGGGCUGAUUGAUCCGACAAACCCGAAGCCGCCUGGGUUCAUGAAGCUAAUGCAGAUCAUGGGCGACCCCGAGGUGAAGGCCAAGUUCAUGGAGGUGCAGAAGGUGUUGAAGGAAGAGGGGAUCCAGUUUUCGCCGUCGGAUCUGUCGGCGUUCAUGGGUGCGCGCGACCAGUUCAUGGCCAAGGAAGAGGCGCCCCAGGAGGGCGUGCUGAAAAAGUUCGCCAGCAAGUUUAGGAAAGAAUAA